AUGGCAUCUGCUUCGACGAACCAAGAAGCAUCACGUCUUUACGAUGAUAAGCAUGCGUUCAUCUACGGUACUGCUUGGAAGAAAGAUCAAACAAAGAGGCUAGUCAAGGAAGCUCUAGCCCAGGGCUUUCGUCGCGUCGACACAGCUGCACAACCACGGCAUUACCAGGAACCUUUGGUCGGUGAAGCGCUUCGUGAGGCGUUUGCUGAGAGUACACUUGAACGCAAACAGCUAUAUUUACAAACAAAGUAUACCACGCCUGCCGGCCAAGAUCUGAACAACAUGCCCUACGAUCCUGAGGCGCCGUUGGACACCCAAAUACACACAUCCGUCGCGUCCUCGCUGAAGAAUCUGCGAUACAACGACUCAGAUAAUGUCUCAUACGUUGACUGUCUACUUCUGCACUCUCCACUGCCUACCAUUGACCAAACACUUCAAGCCUGGAAACUACUAGAGUCUUAUGUGCCCGACAAGAUCCGCUCCCUCGGCAUCUCCAACGUUACUCUUCCCAUUCUCCAAGCCAUCUUCGAGAACGCCACGAUAAAGCCGGCCGUUGUCCAAAACCGUUUCUACCCUCAGACACGCUACGAUGGAUCGUUACGCGCCUUCUGCCGCGAACACAACAUUAUGUACCAGUCCUUCUGGACUCUGACCGGAAACCCUUCUCUUAUCAGAUCCGAGCCGGUCGCUGCGUUGGCUCAAGCUGUUGGUGUCGGACUGCCCGUCGCGCUUUACGCUCUUGUCAUGGAUCAAGGAGUCGUUGUGUUGAAUGGGACUACUUCAAGUGACCAUAUGCGGGCGGAUCUGGAGGGUGUUGAGAAGGUGCGUGACUGGGCGCUGUCGCAACCUGACAAGUUCAAGGCUAUUAGCGAGGCCUUCAAGUCACUGCUCGCAUCUACCAAAGCUCUAGAAGCAAAGAUGGCAGCCACCGAGCCACGCAACGAGACGGAACUUCGAAUGUACCCGAAAGGAGUCCACUACCAGUCGUUCUUGAGACUCGUAUGUGACGACGCCAGCCCAGGCUGGUGCUCAGAGCUCACCUCGAAGAUGGUGCACCAGUUACCUCGGGAACUCCGCGAUAUCAUCUACACGUACAUCCUCGAGAGCCGGUGUAUCAACCGUCAACAUCAGGUGCUCAUGGUUAACAACCCCACGGACUGGAAUCUUGCAGAGUUCACCAGCAACCCCACGCACCUCGGUAUCAGGAGAUGUACCAUCAAAGGCGUUGAGAUUCCACACUUCGCAGUAUACGAACACGUCCACGAGACCUACCGAAUCGAGUUAGCAGAGACUUUAUACCGCACCAAACUGCUUCGGGUGGCAGUGAUGCACGAGCUCAAGUCUACACUGAACUACGACGUCCUCAUCACUAGUUGCGACCCGAAGGAGCAUAUACGCCGCAUCCAAAUCGAGCUUAAGUUCGACUGUGGCACCAAGACUCAAGCUCAAUACGCCAAGCAGCUUGAACCCUUGUGGUACCUUCGUCAUCUCAAACACCUCAAGGGAAUGAAGGUGGGAUUCAUCGUCCACUUCAUAUACGAUGACGUUCUCCCGCUUCUGGAGGAAGCUACAGCACCAUUGGUUCAGCAUUUGGCAUCAGAAGGUGCGAGAGUGGGUUGGUACAGGAAGGGAAGGGGUAACGAUGCGCCAAGCAAAGUUGAACAUGGCACCGCAUAA